CCUCCUCUCUCCUCCCUCCGUCCCGGCUGCUACCUUUUCGUCCCUCUCUCCCUCACGUCCGUGGGAGCUGCCCGAGUGUCUGCUCCCGGAAAGAAGAAGCUACCCCUGCCCGCUGUGGAAUGAGUUUUAUCAAGUGGAGACGCAGUGUGAAGGGAAAGGACAGCAGCAAGAAUGUCAUGAAGGCACAAAAUGUCCCUGAUGGCCCGGACUCCCCGAGCAGGCUAUCAGUCGUAAACACUCCAGCAUUGGAUCCUAUCAUCAGCGACUUCAGGUUGCAGUUACACAGCAACAAAGAUGCCCCGGAACAAGCUAAUCCUUCCAACGGGUGCUCAAGCUCGGACCUGUCGCUGGCUCUCAAGGACUGCAUGGCCGCCCUGGAUCUGUUCCUCCAAAAUGACUUUGAGGAGGCACAGGCCCGCCUUAGACCCAGAAUCAAAGUCAGUAUGUAUCAUGCCCUGACCUACGCCACCUUCUUAGAAAUGCAGGCCAUGAUGACCUUUGAACCCCGACACAUCCUGGAGGCAGGAAACACCAUGAAGGAGGCCCAGUCUAUUUGCCAGCGGUACCGGAAGAAGUCGAGCUUCUCCAAGGGCUUUACAGAAGACGAGAUCCAUGCUGAAGUCUGCUAUGCUGAGUGCCUCCUGCAGAGGGCAGCGCUCACCUUCCUUCAGGAUGAAAAUAUGAUCAGUUUCAUCAAAGGAGGAAUCAAAGUGAGGAACAGCUAUCAGACGUACAAAGAGCUCCACAGAGUGCUCGAGUCCACUGCGUACAGUCGUGGUGACAAUCAUGGUCAUUUUGAGGGUGGAGUCAAAUUGGGAGUCGGAGCCUUUAAUCUGAUGAUCUCCAUGUUGCCAACACGGAUGCUCAAGCUGCUGGAGUUUGUGGGCUUCUCAGGUAAUAAGGAGUUUGGCCUCCAGCAGCUUCAGGAGGGCUGUGCAGAAAGCACAUUCAGGGCAUUCUUAUGUAACAUGCUGCUGCUCUGUUAUCACACCUUUAUGAGCUUUAUUCUAGGCACCGGAGAAGGAGACGUAGAAGACGCAGAAAAACUGUUGCAACCAUAUCUCAAGAAAUACCCUAAGGGAUCAAUCUUCUUGUUCUUUGCUGGUCGAAUCGAGGAGAUCAAAGGCAAUCUGGAUGGUGCUAUCAAGCGUUUUGAGGAGUGCUGCGAGGCGCAGCAGGAGUGGAAGCAGUUCCAUCACAUGUGCUACUGGGAGCUGAUGUGGUGCUUCACAUAUCAGCGACACUGGAAAAUGGCCUACUUCUACGCCGACCUACUCAGCAAGGAGAACUCCUGGUCCAAGGCCACCUAUGCGUACAUGAAAGCAGCCUACCUCAGCAUGCUGACAGAGGAGGAUUGUCUAACCUUCGGGGAGACCGCGCUCACUCUGUUCAGGCAGGUGCAGGGACUGAAGCAGAAAAUUGCGGGCAAGUCUUUACCCACAGAGAAGUUUGCCAUCAGGAAAGCUCGUCGCUACCUCACAGAAAACCCCAUUCCUCUUCCUGUCCCACCACUGGAGAUGAUGUACAUUUGGAACGGCUAUACGAUCAUCGGCAAGCACAAAGAGCUGAGUGAAAACAUGCUGAAGACACUGGACGAGGCGCAGGCAAAACUUGAAAGCAGGGAACGGUCCGAGUUCUCCUUUGACGAUCAGUGUCUGCUGAGCUUGCUGAAGGGACUGUGUCUCAAGCACUUGGGGCAUCACGAUGAGGCCGAACACUACUUUACUCUUGUCCUCUGCAAUGAGACCCAGAUCAAGUAUGACCACUACCUAGUUCCCAAUGCAAUGCUGGAGCACAGCUUGUUAUGUUUGGAACAAGGCCGGAACGAUGAAGCUGUAAAACUACUAGAAACAGCAAAGCAAAAUUACAAAAACUACUCCAUGGAAUCCCGGACUCAAUUCCGUAUUCAGGCUGCCCUGCACAAAGCCAAAGGUGCGAGAGAAAAUGGAGUCUACGUGCCCUCAAGCCCAUAAAGAGCGAGGAGUGCACACAAGAGCUGAGAUCCUGCUUCUGCAUCCUCCCUCAAUGCACCACUUGGCUUUAGGCAGCCCCGUCACAGUUUUGGAAUGAUCUCUUCUUCAGGAGGGUUUUGGGGAAGAGGAACAGGGGAUAUUUUUUUUAUUUUCCUUUGCAUGUUUGUUUCUCCUUUACUAGCAACUGCCGCCAAUGGCGUGCCAAUGUGGCACUGAUGGCGAUCAUCAAGCGUGUCAUCUAGCGUGUGACACGUGCACUGGCUGGCCUUCACUUCCUCAAUCAAUUGGAAGCUGAGGCAUGUCCAGGCAUGUGCCUCAAAUAACGGAGCACUCAAGGAGCAAAGCUUUUUUUCGGGGUUGUGCCGCUACAGCUAAUAAGAAAAAAAAAAGUUGGUCUGUGCAGCGUUAAGGUGGUAGUGUGUGUAUAUUUAUCUAUAUAUAUGUAUACACAUAUACAUACACACGUAUAUAGACACGUACUAUGUGUGUGUGUAUACAUACAUUUAUAUAUAUAUGCGCGGCACGGUGGAAGAUUGAUUAGAGCGUCAGCCUCACAGUUCUGAGGACCAGGGUUCAAUCCCCGGCCCCAUCUGUGUGGAGUUUGCAUGUUCUCCCCGUGCGUGGGUAGGUUAUAUCCGGGCACUCCGGUUUCCUCCCACAUCCGAAAAACAUGCAUUAAUUAAUUGGAGACUCUAAAUUGCCCGUAGGUGUGACUGUGAGUGCGAAUGGUUGUUUGUUUGUAUGUGCCGUGCGAUUGGCUGGCAACCAGUUCAGGGUGUACCCCGCCUCCUGCCCGAUGAUAGCUGGGAUAGGCUCCAGCAUGCCCACGACACUAGUGAGGAGAAGCGGCUCAGAAAAUGGAUGGAUGGAUGGAUGGAUGGAUAUAUAUAUAUAUAUAUAUAUAUAUAUAUAUAUAUAUAUAUAUAUAUAUAUAUAUAGAGAGAGAUAGAUAGAGAGAGAGAGAUGGGAAUUUAGAUGGGAAUUUUAAAUUGUCCCAUUUCCAUCUAAAUUGCCCAUAUAUGUGAGUGCGAAUGGUUGUUUGUUCAUAUGUGCCCUGCGAUUGGCUGGUGACCAGUUCAGGGUGUACCCCGCCUCUCGCCCGAAGAUAGCUGGGAUAGGCUCCAGCACGACCCUAGUGAGGAAAAGCGGCACAGAAAAUGGAUGGAUGGAUAUAUAUAUAUAUAUAUAUAUAUAUAUAUAUAUAUAUAUAUAUUAUAUUAUAUAUGUGUGUGUGUGUGUGUGUGUGUGUGUGUGUGUGUGCAUCUAAAUGUAAAAAUUCAGUAGCUCAGUUAAAAAAGUGAAACUUGUUUAUUACAUAGAUUAACUACACACAGAGUGAAGUAUUUCAUGUUUUUUUUCAAAGCUAACGUCUUAUUCAGGGGUGCCAUAGCGAAACAUCGUCUUCCUGUCUUCUGCUCUUACUCCAGCUCUGUGCACCACAUUCAUAAAUCUCCUCUUUGGUGUUCCUCUUUGCUUCCACCCAUGCGGCUCAAUUUCCAGCAUCCUUCUGUCAAUAUAUCCACUGUACCGCUACUGCUCAUGUCCAAACCAUAUCUUACAGUUAGCAAAAACUCCAAAUGCACAAUGUCAAUAAAUCAUAUUACAUAAAUAAUAAUCUAUUUUUUUUAAAUUUAAUUUAAUUUUUUUCUUUUUUUUUUUUGCAAACGUAGGUCGGAAUUGGCCCUCUGGAAAAAUAAUUUCCAGUGUGUUUAAUGAAUCUAUAUGAGUUUCACAUUUUAAUUGAACUACUAAAAUGAACUUUUCUAAAAUUUUCUAAUUUAUCUAGAUGCACCUGUAGUUUAUGACUAUAGCUACGACUACAUGAUCAAUUUAAUUUCAUUUAGUGGUCAUCUGUAGAACUCCUGCCCUUAGUAAGAAAAUGCACGCAUUAUGUGCUGACAGCUAAGUAAGCAUUUAGCCAACUUUUCCCUUACAAUACAAGUGUGAUGAACAUUUCUGUCAUCCUUAGUUACUGAAUCCAGAGUGCAGCUUUAUAUACAGUAAAUGGAACCUUAUACCCAAAUUGUUCUGUUGUAAGAGGACAGAUGACCGUGUGUCUUUUAAAAAGGCAGCCCUCCUCCUUUACUUCUGCCCCCACCCCCACCAGUGGGACAGAAUCCAGCAGCACUUGAGCUUGAACAAACAGACCAUUCACUUGGAGCAGUGAGGGGACCGCGUGUUUGUCCGCCUGUUGCAUCUUUAACAGGGAAAUGACAAGCACUACAGUGUGAACCUUAACCUGCUGCCCACCUGUAUCAGCUGUGCUUGAUUACAACCUCCUGUAAAGGGGGUUGAAUCGUUGUAUUUAACAGGAAUGUCAAAGUGUAAUUAUGUAUCUGAACAAAUACAGUAUGUCAUAGUGAAAGGAGAGAAACCAUGUUAAUAUGAUUGGAUGACUUAAUGGGCCGGGCCCCAGCAUCAUGAUGGUUGAAAACCUUGAAACACAAGAUGGUGUUUCACGUUAGAACUGUUAUUCAUGUUAAGUGGGAGGUUUGGUUUUCAUGAUGUUUUAAAUGUUCCUCCAUGUGUCUUAAUAUUACAAUAACAACUUAUAUUUUAUUUUCUAGUGUGUAUUAUGAUGUAUUUUCCUUUAUGUUGCACCUGGACAUUUUAACAUGAAACUUUGUGACAUUGUGAUAUUUGCAUUGAGCAAUAGAUAAGGCUACCACUGAGCAUAAUGACAUUCCUGUAUAUACUGAAUGUUUUUAAUUUAAAUUAAAAUGGAAUUAUGAGAAGAAGCUCACGAAAACAAAAAAAUAAAAUGUAUUGUCUUUUAUGCCAGGGGUUCUCAAACUUUUAACAAAAAUAAACGUAACUACCAUGUGUAUCCCUAAAUACACUAAAAAGUUGCCUAUUUCGCAGAACAAAGUUGGUAUAUGAGUAGAGAUGUCAUACUAUUUUAUGAUAUAUUCCGAUUUUAAGGAGAAAAAAGUUGUGAUGUUAUGAAAAUAAAGUAAUA